AUGGUGAAAGAAUUCAAAGCUGAAAUGAUGUGCAAGUAUGAGAUGUCUGACUUGGGUUUACUCCACCAUUUUCUUGGUAUGGGAGUAACACAAACUGAAGGGAGCAUCUUCAUUCAUCAAAAGAAGUAUGCACUCACUCUCUUGGAUAAGUUUGGACUCAAAGACUGCAAGUCAGUAAGCACUCCAUUAGUGGCUACUGAUAAAUUGAAAAGAGAGGAUGGAAGUGAAGCUGCAGAUGAAAGUUUGUUCAGAAAAAUUGUAGGUAGCCUGCUAUAUCUCACUGCAACCAGGCCAGAUAUCAUGUUCUCUGCCAGCCUGCUUGCAAGAUUCAUGCACAACCCUUCUAAGAUGCACUAUGGGGCAGCUAAAAGGGUUCUAAGGUACAUACAAGGCACGAUUGAUUAUGGAAUUGAGUAUGUGACUGGAAAAUCUGCACUCUUAGUAGGUUACUGUGACAGUGGCUGGAGUGGAUAUGAGGAAGAUAUGAAAAGCACUUCUGGAUAUGCGUUUUCAUUUGGAAGUGGUGUUUUUUCAUGGGCAUCAGUCAAACAACACAGUGUGGCACUUUCUACUGCAGAGGCAGAGUAUGUGAGUGCAGCAGAAGCUACAUCACAAGCCAUUUGGCUCAGGUUUGUUCUUGAAGAUUUUGGGGAAGAACAGACCACUGCAACAACUAUAUUUUGUGACAACACUUCAGCCAUAGCAAUGGCUAAAAAAUCCAGUUUUUCAUCAAUGGAGCAAGCACAUUAA